UACAAGUUCAAGUGAUCUAUUUUUUAGAUUUUUGUUAUAAAUAGCGCAAAAAAUGUGGUGAAUUGCCAGUGUGUGAAGAUGUUUACGUUAUUAAUUUUAGUAUUAUUAUUUGGUGUCAGAAUAGAUUGUUCGAUUGAUAAUCAAAAGGUCGUUCAAUGGACACUUAUAAAUAAGAAUGGAUCAAUAAAUGUACCAGGUAAAGCGCCGGGCGGCGUGUAUACAGAUCUCCAUAAUGCGGGAAUUAUUGGCGACAUCCUGUAUCGGUUUAAUGACGUCCUCACAAGAUGGGUGGCCUACGACUCUUGGACUUACGAAGGCCAGUUCACGGUCACACCUGACCAGCUCAACUAUGGAGUCACGAAUUUGGUGCUUCAUGGGGUCGACACUAUUGCGUUUAUCGAGCUCAAUGACCAUCCGGUUGGUUCCACGAAUAACAUGUUCGUGAGAUAUGUAUUUGAUAUUAAAAACCUACUUCAGGUAGGUGAGAACAUUUUAAAAGUAGUUUUCCAAUCACCCGUGGAAGCUGCAAAAAAACGGUCCCAAAAGUACUUCUCGCCACCAAUUUGUGUCCCCGAUGUUUAUAACGGGGAAUGCCACGUUAAUCAGCUGAGGAAAAUGCAGGCCUCAUUUAGUUGGGAUUGGGGACCUGCUUUUCCAUCAAUCGGCCUAUGGAAACCCGUAGUCAUCGAGUACUUCAAUUAUGCUAUAAUAAGAUCAAUAACAACACAUACAGAAAAGUCUGAUCAACAUUGGAAUUUGAAAGUAAAAGUUUAUUUAGAAGUUAAUAAGGCCAAGAGUUUUUGGGCAGGACGUGUUAACCUUGAAUUGACUGUGGAUGGUCCUCAAAAGAUUACUAUUGCCAAAUAUGAGCAAAUACCGAUCAAUGAUAAAAGAACUCUUGAACUUGAACUCAAUAUGACUAUUAGCCAGAAUGUGGUGAGAACAUGGUGGCCGAAUGGAUAUGGGGAUCAACCGCUCUACCCUCUGAAAGUGUCCGUCAAUAGCUUUGGCAAUGAAGAACAUUACAAGCAAAUAAAUAUUGGAUUCCGUACUGUCGAACUUAUUGAAGAGAAUGCUUCCAAUAAACUUAGCAAUACAACAGCAGGCAAAGGCCUUACAUUUUACUUUAAAGUGAAUGGCUACCCUUUAUUCAUGAAAGGCUCUAAUUGGAUACCAUCGAAUAUUCUUCCUGAACUUAGUGCCAACUUUAGUACAGUUGUCGGACUUCUGACUUCGGCUCGCGAUGCGCACAUGAACAUGCUUAGAGUCUGGGGAGGAGGGCUGUAUGAAUGGGAAUUUUUCUACAAACUUUGUGAUCGAUUGGGCAUUCUUAUUUGGCAAGAUUUCCCCUUCGCUUGUUCUAUGUAUCCUACUGAUCCUGAGUUUCUCGAAUCAGUAAAGACAGAAAUAUAUCAAAACGUUCUAAGGAUUCAGUAUCAUCCUUCAGUCGCAAUCUGGGCAGGAAAUAAUGAAAAUGAAGCCGCCUUGAGAGGAAAUUGGUAUCAAACCGACGAAAACUUCAAUGUCUAUAAAUCUGAUUACAUCAAAUUGUACGUGGAUACUAUUAAACCCAUUGUUGAAGAACUUGAUCCUGGAAGGCGUUACAUAGUAUCUAGUCCUACAAAUGGUUUAGAAUCUGAAAAAGAAGGCUACGUGGCAAGUAAUCCAUAUGAUCCUCAUUAUGGGGACACACAUUAUUACAACUAUAUGGCAGAUAAUUGGGAUGCGAAUAUAUACCCUAUGACGAGGUUCGCUUCGGAAUAUGGAUUUCAGUCAUUACCAUCAAUAAAGACUAUUAAAACAGCGACGAAAAAUAUAGACGAUUUAAAGCUUAAGAGUGAAUAUUCAGAACAUAGACAGCACAGUCCUUUUGGUUACGCAUACAUUUUAUUCCAAAUCAAGAGGCAUUUGAAGUUGGAAAAAGGUAAUCAUGAGGUAAUUGACCGUCCUCUAUACAAACAUCAAGUAUCACAACAUCGUUAUGAUGAAGACUUUGAGUAUUUUAAGAAGUUGGUAUAUUAUAGUCAGAUAACACAAGCAAUGGCGAUCAAGACAGAAACAGAGUUUUACAGACAGUGUCAAGCCGAUUGGUACACAAUGGGCGCACUGUAUUGGCAACUGAAUGAUGUAUGGCAAGCACCUUCGUGGUCUGGAAUCGAAUACGGAAACAAUUGGAAAAUGCUGCAUUAUUUUGCGCAGUCGUUUUUCGCACCAGUAUUGGUUUCUCCAAGACUACUUGCCUCUGGCGAUGUAAACGUAUACCUCUUGAACGAUAGAUUCGUCUCGAUCGAAAACGGCGAGAUUACAGUGGACGUAUACAAUUGGACAAGUUUGACGCCUAUAAUAACAACUGCUUACCCAGCGAGUGCUGCUGUCCUGAGUUCGACAAAACAAAAUAUAUCAUUAGCUCUGUGGACAAAAAACAAAGACGAGAUAUUUUUAAAAUUUACAUUCAAGGCGGAAGGCGUGGCAUCAUCACCGACGAAUUUCUUAUUUCCAAAGCCUUUGAAGGCCGUUGUUGGGCUACAUGAACCUAGUAUCGAGAUAAACGUCAUAAAGGGGCCAAUGUACAAGGGUCUGUACAAAUUCUUACUCGACAUCGAAGUUGACAGAAUUGUAAUAUUCUUCUGGAUGGAAACUGAUUUGCAAAAUGGAUAUUUUGAGGAAAAUGGAAUGAUAUUGACACAAAAAAUUACAAGAGUCAACUAUUUGAGUAAAUUUGACAUGCCGACAUCGAAUUUGAAAAGUGCCAUCAGUUACCAAUAUUAUGUUAAUUAAAUGCUGUUAUUAGACCGCUAACCGUCUAAUUUUAAAGUGAUAUGCAGCGUAAUAUGUGAAAUCGUAAAAAGUUCCGAAAAUAAUUUAAAGAAGUUUAGAAAUUGAAACAUACGUAUUAAUUGAUUUCGAGAUAGUCCUAAACCAUAGGGUCCAAAAUUUUAUGGCCUACCCCGCCCUCUUAGAUGAGUCAGCCGUGUGAUUGUGUUGCGCGCUAGUUUUGAACCGUCUCCGCAAAAGCAAUAAAUAUAUAGGUGUAGGGACUUAACGUGAUCAGAAGAAAAGCGAUUUGCGAGAUUAUAAGACUACAACUUUCUUACAAUAAAUUAAUCCCCCUAAUUUAUUCAGAGAUGAAUUAUAAAUUAGAGGGUUAAUUAGGGUGCAGAAUACGGGAAGAAAUAAAAUUCACAGCGUUUACUACGUCUUAAAACAUUGAAACUGAUUUUUGUUACACAAAACAAAAACAGAUUUUUUACUUUUCCACCGCCUAGCUCACUCCGUUAAGCCCGCUCGCUAUGGAAGGCAAAUAUCUGUGAAUUUCUUUCCUAGUGGAAGGACAAAGAUAUUUUACUCCGCUGAUCUAUUUCCUGUUCAUUACUUUUUCGCAUUGGAAGGGGGCAUAAAUGUCACCAUUAAUAACAUGUAGACAAAUUUGCCAAAAAAAAAAAAAACUACUUGCAAUCUGUGAGCGUCACAACGUCAUGCGUCCCCAUUAGAAUCUGUAGCCCAAUUCUUGAACCACGAAAUCCGUAGUAACGGCCGUUUUCCCAUUACGGAUGACUGACGGGACUAUUCUCGAAGUCGAAACUGUUAAAUCGCGUUGUCAUACAUUCUUAGUUCUAUCCCCGAUCGAAACCAAGUCUGUAAUAGGCCCUGGUCACGACAAGAUAGUGCUUAGAUAUAUUAUUAUACGUUGCAAUAGACAAGAAACAUAGAAAAGAUAUAUUAUUAUACGUUGCAAUAGACAAGAAACAUACAAACAAGUGUUACUGGUUAAACCUAACUCUUAAGGUAAGUUCAUCAAUUCUUAAAACUAAAAUACUUGUAAAUAGAAAACAGUAGAAAUAAAGCAUACUUAUUAAAAAAACCAGCAUCUUAUUCAUGAAAUUCGCUUUAAACAUGUUAAAAGUAGACGUCACGUUAUACCAUGUAACUCAAGAGGACUGCUAAACGCGAUACGAGUGAGUGUAGUCAAGUAUGUGGUACCUAUUAUCAGAUGUCGCGACGAGUGGCAAACCAAAUAGCUCUUUUUGUUACUAAUUUGUUUUACAUUGUCGAGCUACAAUUUAUCAAAGCUAUUCUGAUUUCGACCUGAUAAGGGCGGCGGGUAUCCGAUGGAUGCACAUUGCGUCUGACGGGCUAGUCUGGCAACCUUUGGGUGAGGCCUAUGUUCAGCAGUGGACGUCUUCCGGCUGAUAUGAUGAUGAUGAUGACUCUAAUUUCUAGUGGUAACAAACAAGACAAACGGCGCUUAUUUCACAGAUUUUUAUAGAUA